AUGCCGGCUAUUUCAGUUAAGUUGGUUGCGGCGGAGUCCCUAUACCGGAGGGAUGUGUUUCGGUCUCCUGAUCCGUUUGCUGUUUUGACCAUUGAUGGGUACCAGACGAAGUCUACUGCUGCUGCGAAGAAGACGCUGAAUCCGUACUGGAACGAGACGUUUCGGUUUGACGACAUCAACGAGAACUCUAUUCUGACGAUCCAGGUGUUUGACCAGAAGAAGUUCAAGAAGAAGGACCAAGGGUUUCUGGGUGUGGUGAAUAUCCGUGUUGGGGAUGUGCUUGGCCACCUGGACGAGGACACUGCCACGCAGACGCGGGCCAAAGAGGAGACGAUCACGAGGGAUCUGAAGCGGUCGAACGACGGCAUGGCCGUCAGCGGGCGCUUGAUCAUCGUGCUCUCCAAGGUUGCAGGGUCUGGUUCCGGGUCCGCCACCGCGUCCGCAAACGGUUCAUCGACCGCAGCAGAGACCACCGCUUCGGCAAUGGGCAACCUGAGCCUGGACAACUCCACAAACGUCAAUUCGUCGCCGAUCGCUAACCACAACAGCAGCACCAUGAGCAGUAGUGCGAGCGGGACCAGAACAGUCCAGGCUGCGUCAUUGACUCCGAGACCCACCGCCCAGGCGGUAGAGACCACUUUGCAGAGCGGGAACCAGAGCAACCCUGCGGCUACCGCUGCUGCAGCUAACGUCGCAAACAGACAGUACUCUUCGUUCGAGGACCAAUACGGACGCCUGCCACCAGGCUGGGAAAGAAGAACAGACAAUUUCGGCCGUACAUACUACGUGGAUCACAACACAAGAACAACUACAUGGAAGAGACCAACUCUAGAACAGAGCGAGCAAGAAAGGGGUAGUCAGCUGACUGCAAACACUGAGCUAGAGAGAAGACAACACAGAGGAAGAACUCUGCCUGGAAACGUCACUGACGGUGUCACAGUCCAAGUCGGAGGUACCUCAACGACCCCCGCCAUCAACGGUGCAGCUGCCGCAGCCUUUGCCGCUACAGGUGCCACCACUUCUGGCUUGGGUGAAUUGCCUUCCGGUUGGGAACAGAGGUUCACUCCAGAAGGCAGAGCUUACUUCGUUGACCAUAAUACAAGGACUACCACCUGGGUCGAUCCAAGAAGACAACAAUAUAUUCGUACAUAUGGUCCAACCAAUACCACCAUUCAACAACAACCUGUGUCACAAUUGGGUCCUUUGCCUUCUGGUUGGGAAAUGAGAUUGACAAACACUGCCCGUGUGUACUUCGUUGACCACAACACUAAGACUACAACGUGGGACGAUCCAAGAUUGCCAUCCUCUCUAGAUCAGAACGUUCCACAAUACAAGCGUGACUUCAGACGUAAAGUUAUAUAUUUCAGAUCUCAGCCAGCGCUACGUAUAUUACCAGGUCAGUGCCAUAUCAAAGUACGCAGAAAUAACAUUUUCGAGGACGCUUACCAAGAAAUUAUGAGACAGACACCAGAAGACUUGAAAAAGAGAUUGAUGAUCAAGUUCGAUGGUGAAGAAGGUCUAGAUUAUGGUGGUGUCUCCAGAGAAUUCUUCUUCUUACUUUCACAUGAAAUGUUCAACCCAUUUUACUGUCUAUUCGAAUAUUCUGCUCAUGAUAACUACACCAUCCAAAUCAACUCAAAUAGUGGUAUCAACCCAGAGCACUUAAACUACUUCAAAUUUAUUGGUAGGGUUGUUGGUCUGGGUGUUUUCCACAGAAGAUUCUUGGAUGCUUUCUUCGUUGGUGCUCUUUAUAAGAUGAUGCUUCGUAAGAAGGUGGCAUUACAAGAUAUGGAAGGUGUUGAUGCCGACGUUUAUAACUCACUGAAGUGGAUGCUAGAAAACAGUAUAGAUGGUGUGCUUGAUUUGACAUUUUCUGCUGAUGAUGAACGUUUCGGUGAAGUUGUAACAGUCGAUCUGAAACCCGAUGGAAGAAACAUAGAAGUCACUGACGAAGUGAAGAAAGAAUACGUCGAAUUGUACUCCCAAUGGAGAAUUGUAGAUAGAGUUAGUGAACAAUUCAAGGCAUUCAUGGACGGUUUCAAUGAGCUAAUUCCUGAAGAUCUAGUGACUGUCUUCGAUGAGCGUGAAUUAGAACUAUUAAUUGGUGGUAUUGCGGAAAUUGAUAUCGAAGAUUGGAAGAAGCACACAGACUAUCGUGGUUAUCAAGAGUCAGACGAGGUCAUUCAAUGGUUCUGGAAGUGUGUCAGUGAGUGGGAUAACGAACAAAGAGCACGUUUACUUCAAUUUACUACUGGUACCUCUCGUAUUCCUGUCAAUGGUUUCAAAGAUCUACAGGGGUCUGACGGUCCAAGAAGAUUUACUAUCGAAAAGGCUGGUGAAGUUGAACAAUUACCAAAAUCACAUACUUGUUUCAACAGGGUGGAUCUACCUCCAUAUGCUGAUUAUGAUAGUAUGGCUAAGAAGCUAACACUCGCUGUCGAGGAGACAAUCGGUUUUGGCCAAGAAUGA